CAUUUUCUUCUAAUGCAACACAGAAAUAAAUUUCAGAAAGCUAGUGGGGGCGCUGGGCUAGCUAUAUUCUGCAAUUUUUUUUUGUUUUCGGUGGAAGGUCGUACGAAGUAUUGAAAAGAUUCCGAUUUACUAUGUCGUUUGUUGGUGUUGAUAAGGUGCAAAGAUUAUUCCAGAUUAUAAAGCACAAUGGAGGCGUAGUGAAGUCGGUCGUGAAGCUGUUUAGAAUGGAUGACUUGAGAAUGGGUUCGCUCGUCGGAACGGACAAACUCGGCAACAAGUACUACGAAGAUAACAGAUUCUUUUAUGGGCGCAAUCGGUACGUAGAGUAUGCUGACCACGUCUUCUUGGACUACGACGGGAGCCAGGUUCCAGCUGAGUGGCACCGCUGGCUGCACUACAUGACAGACGACCCACCAACAAAGGUUCCCCCAGUGCCUCACAAGUGGUUGGCUCCACAUACUGAGAACCUGACCGGCACUAGUGGAGCUUAUAUGCCGUACAGCACAGUUCCUCCCAAAAUUCAUUCGUGGGUUCCUCCAACAAAGAAGUAGAUGCCAUCUCUUGGCCGUAGGGAAAACAGUGAUGCCUGGUGUGAAACGUGGAUGUGUACAUAACAGCGUUUAGGUAGCGUAAUAAAGAAAAUCCCAGAAAAUGCAUGGGUUUGAAACACGGA